UAAAUUUUAGGGCGAACGGAGAAAAGAGAUAUUCACUUUGUUAAACUAUGGAAGUGUUACCAGAGGAGGACUGUGAAGAGGACGUUACUGUAACAGACGAUGAAGAGGAUGAUGAAGAGAGCGCGCGGGAUCUGGAGAGCAGCCUGUCUAACAUACGAAUAACCCCUACGGUCACACACAUCACAAAGCCAAGACCUCGAGUGGCCCUUUCCAAAUGUCCAUCCUCAUACAAGGAGAACUCCUCCCAGGAGAAGCUCAUGCUAGCGAUGGCAGAAAACUUCCGGCAGCAGUAUGUGCUUUUGUACCCUGAUCGCAAAGCGCUUCUGCUGUGUCCUGUGAAUGAGUGCGGUGUUCAGAAAUUUGUAAGCACCACUUUGCGAAGCACCUUGCUGCCGUAUCCUGAGCUGUACGACUGGGAGGGAUGUGCCAGUUUUGUGGCUGAUUAUCUCUCGUUGGAGUUUCUGGAUCCACCGUUUGAACUUCCCAAGCAGCUGUCAUCGCCCACCUGGGUUCUGCAGACUCAAAGAGGAACGUGUUUUGAUUUCUCCAUAGUGCUGUGUAGCCUGUUGUUGGGCGCAGGAUACAAUGUUUACUGCGUCAGUGGCUACGCUACUAAAGAGAUGUGUCUUCUUGAUCAGUCACGACAAGAGUGUCCCCUACUGCAGCCUCAAAUACAAGAUAAAAUAGUGGAACCAAAGAAGCCGAUAAAGAAAUACUCUGUAAAACCUCCACGUGACUUGCACAGCAACUUUGAAAGGCGUCAAGAGGAGAAACAGCAAGCAGAAGCUGAAGCAGCCGCACUGAAGAAACAACUAAAUGCAGAGAGACUUCAGAAGGAGCGAGAACGUCCACCACCCGACCCUCUUCGGGGCUUGAGAGUUCACUGCUGGGUUCUGCUGCUUGCAGGGAACAGGGAAAUACCUGAGAACUUCUUCAUUGACCCUUUGACGGGCAAGAGCUACUCCACCACCAAUGAGAACUUCCUGGGCAUAGAGAGCGUCUGGAACCAUCAAAACUACUGGGUCAACAAGCAAGAUUGCACUUUGGGUUGUAAUGAGAUGACCUUUGACCUGGGCGAUCUUUCAAAAUGGGAGUAUGUGCUAUGUGGCCAAUCUCUGUCAAUCAUUUCAGACCCAAAGACACUUGAAGAGCCAGAAGACGAGGAGGAAGAGGAAAUGGAUGAGCUAAAAGUGUUUGAGAUGCCUCGAUCUUGGGUGACUACAAUAAACAUUUCACCGGCAGAUAUGGAAAUGCGUUAUCCAGGUGGUAUGAAGGUUAUUGACUACAGGAAGGCCAAGCUGGAGAAGUUUGCCCCUUAUCUUUUGAAAGAUGGUCUGGUGACCAAACUCACCACUUAUAAAGAUCUCGAUUGCACACAAGCCAGCACUAUUAAGGAAUGGUUCAAACAUCGAAGUGAUCAUCUUGACGAGAGAGAACUACACACAGACAGCAAUAAGACAACUGAGCAUUUCAGGCCUGGAAGAAGUGAUGCUCUCAAAUACCACAGGUACCUCACUUUGGUUCCUGAGACGGAGCGUCAGAUGGACUUUUAUAGUCAUAUUCGCAUAGAUGGUCUAGCCAGAAGAAUCGAGAAGCCUUUCGAAAUGACAGAAACCUUUGAAGACCGCACUGACUUCCUCUUUUAUCGACAUGCUGUUUACGGAAAGCAAAUCAAAGUGAUUCGGGCUGGAGAGGCUCUUGAACAACGGCCUCUGCAGAGGGUGGAGGAGCACUUUCACAGAGAUCAUUCUAAGCCAGCAAGUAAAGAUGUGUCUGAACGGAUCUUUAUGGUGUCGGACAGACGGAUCCAAGUGACCUUUCAUCUCGAGGAUGACAGGAUCAUCCCAGCUUGGCUCAACUUCAUCAAACCCAAAGAAGCGGCAGACUCAAAGAAAGCACAAGCUUUUACUCCACAGAUGGUGUCUGGCUUUCAGGUGGAUCCUUCUACUAAACCCUACACGAACUUGCAGUUAUAUGAAAUGCUUGUGGAACUGAUGAGAGAAGAGGAAAAUGUUGAACUUUGUAUCAGAGAUUCAGAAAAAGAGGUUAGGUCCAUCCUUUCUUCAAGAGAAAAAGAGGACAGUUAUACUGACCUGCAGAUCUCUAUCUACAACCCUACAAGGAACGAAACGGCCCGUCUGCACAUGGAAGAAAAGGAACGUAUGGCUAAAGAAAAGAAGCAGCGGCAGAAAGAGAAAGAGCUGGACCUGUUGGCUCCAUCUCAGGUCCGACUGGGACUCCCAGAAGUCCUCACACGCCAGGACGCACUUCAGCUGAGGACAGACUGUCUGAAUGAGUUUAAACAGCAGCUCUUUAACAAAGCCAGCCUCAUCCAGAGCAGAAUGGAAAAGGAGACAGAGGAGUUGCAGAAGAAGCAGCUGCGGUACCAGAAGAACUAUCUCACAAUGUCCAACGAGGACGAGGACGAUUACCUUGCCUACUGCUCUGACGCCAUGUUCAGGAUCCAAGUUCUCAAAAUGAGACUCAUUCGACACAAGGAAAGAGCACCUCAGAAGUAUCUGGCACUGGAGGAGAAACUAAAAAGACAUCCACGGUUGGCCAGUCACUUGUUGUAACAAGACAAGUGCAUCCUAGUAUACGGCUCCACCUAUCCCAGACCGUCACAUAUGACCUCAAUAAAGUUUUUUGUUGCAUCA